UGGCAUAGAUGUUAGCUCAGGGUGAAUCUUCCUCAACAAAAAAAAGAAAGAAAGAAAAGACAACUGUGCACACAGUAGCAAAUGCUUGUUGGAUGUUGAAAUGACAUCCAUCUAUUGAGCACUUACUGUCUGCCAAGCACUACACUUUGUGUACUGGUCAAGAGUAACAUCAGAGCUCACAGAUCACCAUAACAAAUAUGAUAAUAAGGAAAAAGUUUGAAAUAUUGCAAGGAUUACCAAAAUGUGACACAGACACAAAGUGAGUGAAUGCUGUUGGAAAAAUGGUGCUGACAGACUUGCCUGAUGCAGGGUUGCCACAAACCUUCAAUUUGUAAAGAAUGCAAUGUCUGCAAAGCGCAAUAUGAGGUAUGCCUGUACCUCUCAUUCUCUACAGCAGCCCUAUGGGGUUAUCCCCCUGUUUACAGCUGAGGACACCGAGGUUUAAAGAGAAACUCACCCAAGAAUGUCUACAGCAGUUGGCGACCAAGAAGCAGCAGCAGGUUGGCAACAUAAACCAGAUUGAGGACGCGGCCGGGAGGCUCCAGGCUCAUGCAGAGUCAAGUAAAACCUGGCUGACAGAAAAAUUCAGUGAACUCAGAUUACUUCUUGAUGAAGAGGAAGUGCUGGCCAAGAAAUUCAUUGAUAAAAACACGCAGCUUGCCCUCCAGCGGUACAGGGAGCAAAUCAAGUCUUGUGGGGAGCAAAUCGACAUCAUGAACGAUCUCUCCAACAGGGUGUGGAGCAUCAGCCAGGAGCCCAACCCCGUACAGCUGCUGCAGGAGUACACGGCCGCGGAGCAGGAGAUGCAGCGGCACAUGAGCCUGGGGGAGCUGUGCCACCCGGUGCCCCUCUCCUUCGAGCCCGUCAAGAGCUUCUUUAAGGGCCUCAUGGAAGCCAUGCAGGGCGUGUUACAGACGCCACUGGACGUUCGCCUUAAGGAAAACAUGAACUGCCAGCUCUCGGGCUCCUCCAGCACCAAGCCGGGCUCCUUGUUGAAAACAAGCCCCUCACCAGAGCGAUCCCUCUUCUUAAAAUACGCGCGGACGCCCUCGCUGGACCCGGACACGAUGCACGCGCGCCUGCGCCUCUCGGCCGACCGCCUGACGGUGCGCUGCGCGCUGCUGGGCCGCCUGGGGCCGGCGCCCGCGGCGCGCUUCGACGCGCUGUGGCAGGUGCUGGGCCGCGACUGCUUCGCCGCAGGCCGCCACUACUGGGAGGUGGACGUGCAGGAGGCGGGCGCCGGCUGGUGGGCGGGCGCGGCCUACGCCUCGCUGCGGCGCCGCGGGGCCUCGGCCGCCGCCCGCCUGGGCUGCAACCGCCAGUCGUGGUGCCUGAAGCGCUACGACCUGGAGUACUGGGCAUUCCACGACGGCCAGCGCAGCCGCCUGCGGCCCCGCGGCGACCCCGAGCGGCUCGGCGUCUUCCUGGACUACGAGGCCGGCGUGCUCGCCUUCUACGACGUGACGGGCGGCAUGAGCCACCUGCACACCUUCCGCGCCGUCUUCCAGGAGCCGCUCUACCCGGCCCUGCGGCUCUGGGAGGGCGCCAUCAGCAUCCCGCGGCUGCCCUAGGCCGAGCCCCGAGAGGCCGCCCUGGGUCCCCGCGGCUCCGGCCUCCCCCGACCCAGCCGGGGCUGGGCAGCGGCCUACUCUUAAGCACCCUCUCCCCACCAGCCAGGCCCUGUGCUUUGAAGAGUUCCUCUGCUGGGCUGGGUUCAGAUGUGCCCUACACACAGGCCCUCUGCCGCUGCUCUCUCCCCAGGCCUCCCCCCCCGCCACCAGGACACCCAUACUGCACUCCUUUCAGUCCAGGCGCCUGAAAGCACACCCCACAGGGAGCCGUGGCAGAAGGCACUAUCCUCAGCCUCCCACCUCCUCGUGCAGCACCCAGAACGCCUGGCACAUAGUAGGCACACAGUAAAUACGUGAAUGAAUGGGAGUCACCCAGCCCUGACUCUAUCCCUUGACGGUCCGUUGGGUCUGCCUCCUCUUCACUCUACAGCUUGUCCAUGUCACCACCUGGCCUGACCCAUCCUCCUCUUCCACCCUAAGCCAGAGGGCUCUCACACCUCACUGCACUGCUUAGAGCUAUCAAGAGGUUCCCAAGGACUACAGGGGAGAAAACGAGCACUUUACCUUAGCAUUCAAGGCUUUUCUAGUCUGACCCAAACGACUUAUCCUCAUGGAGUUCCUGCAGCUAUUUUCAGUGGCUCCUAGCUCCAGAAGGGUGUCACAUAGCCCCACCUCUACACUUUGCUGCUGUCCUCCCCGGGGCCCCAUACACACACAGUUACACAGGCAAGUCCUUUCUUCCUCCCUCUGCCUGUCUCAGUCUUCCCGGGCUUAGCUGCCCCGGGAGGUCCCCCCAAGCCACAAGAACCUCUCUUACUGUCAGGGCCACGAAUCUGCGACCUGUCUUUGCAACUAGAUUGGAGGCUAAGAGCAGUUACGUCCUCAUACCCUGCCACCCUCGCAGGCAGUGAGUGAAGGGCCAGCUGGCUAUCGUUGAAGGGCAGGAUAGCUCAGCUGGGAGGGCCUCACAGAUCGCCCAGCCUGACCUCACUACAUUUGGGGAGACUAAGGUCCUGAAAGAAAGUUGCUUCAAGUCCCCCGUGGUGAUUAAGAGCUGGGCCACCCCAACCCCCAGGCAAGUGUCUGACUUGCCCCCUGGCCCAGACCUUCAGGCCCAGCUCUCAACCUGGGAGAUUUUACUGCUCAUUCAUUUCUCAAGGGAUGUUGGGAAGAAAUCAGCAGGUGACCGUUGCUAAGCAACCGCAGGCAGUUUUCUCAACUGUCAUGGAAUCCAAAGGAGAGGAGCUACAGUGGAGGUUGGGCGGCCCAGACAACCCCUUGCUCCUCAGAUCCCGAUGUUGCCAAGGAAACCCAGAGAGCCCCGCUUUCCAGAAGGAAGUGACGGCAUCAAGAAGGCCAGCUCCUCCAGCGGGGAGGGAACAGCCUCUUUCCAGGGUCUGUGCCUCAGUCCUGAAGGCUCAGCGUCCUGAUUUGUCAAGUUCCCCGGGGGGUUUUAAAGUUAUAUUGUGUUAAGUAUCUUCUUAGGCGCUUGGCAGGAGGCCAGCAGUCAGGCGCGGAAAUGCACACUGAAAUCUCCCUCCUGGUUUAACAGACUCUUGGUGCAUUAAUUGGUUUGAACCAUAUAAAAGUGCCAAUUUCCAAGUUUUUGACCUAAAAAUGGUACUUUCAUAUGGGGCAAUGUAAUAUAAGUAGAAGGAACCUCAAAAGUGCCUUUAGUUCUAACCAAAUCAUUUAAAGCUGUAGCUUGGACAGCUGUCUAAGCACUCUGCUCCAGGAAUCCUGAGGAAAGGGAACUUGAUUCUCCCGGGGCGCCCGGAGCUGGAUUCCGACAGGCAGAGGGCAUCCUGACAGAAGCCGAUGGGUACACGUGACCCACAUCCCUGCCAACCAAGGCUGCCCCAGGCCCCCGCCACGGGGCCGGGCACUGGCAGCACGUGCGAGUUUGUCAGCGCUGUUCUAAUGCUUUGCUAUUCACUCAUUCGAUCCUCGCAUCAUCCCUAGGAGGUGGAAAGUUACCCCAGUUCUACAUAUGGCAAAACUGAGGCCCUGAGGAGUAACUUUACCAAGGUCACACAGCUCAUGGUGGCGCUGGACUCUGUGCUCAGGUCUGCCAGGCCGUACGCUGUCUCUGGCGCCACCUGUGCCUCUGGCCCCUCCCUUGUCGGGCCUUUGACACUUCGAUUCGCCUGGUUACUCCGAGGGACUAGAGUCCACCUUUGGGUUACCUUCCUUGGGCUCUGAGAGGAGGUCUUACACCCAAAGGGGGAUUUGAGAGUUUGGAUUCAUGUAGCAGAAACAGAGCUGGGAUGAGACCGUAAAGGAUGACAAACUGGCUUUUAUCACCCCCUGCUCUGGGCCAAGGCCUGUGCUAGUCAGGAAACUGCAGUUUUGGUCCACAAUCAAUUGUGACCUCUGCCCAGUCAUUUUUACUUCUUAGAGCAUCAUGUGUAAAGUGGGGGUAAUGACUCCAUCUACCAGUGCUGUGCGGCUCAAAUGAGCCAUAGAGUAUGAACCUGCCUUCCAAACCGCCCCGUGCUGCACACACCAGGCCUCUGAGCACCCCGGUGGAGCUCCGCUGUGCCUGACACGGUGCCGAGACAGCUGAUGCUCCCCGUGGAAGGGUACUGAUCACCUGUUCUCUUUCAGAUUUGAAUCUGUACAAAUUUCUUUAUUGAUACAGCAAAUGGCUUGCAGAUAUUUUCAAAUGACGGCAAUUUUCUAAUAUGUGGUUUGUUUUAAUAAAAUAUGAAUACUGUCCCUUUUAAGCAUGUUCUUCGUUGGGAGUUCAUGUUGCUUGAGUACGCAGCACCAAGGCCUGGACGCGGCCGUGCUCAUCUGCCGCUCCCUCCACAACUUUCUUGUAGUAGUCGGCGGGUCCCUGAUUGACCGUCUCCAGUGAUGGGGAGUUCACUGCUUCUGAUGCCUCACUAAGUUCUUGCUUAUAUGGCAACAAACCUUGCCUCCCGCUCUUCCUAUCCGAGAUAGUAUUACGUGGCUUUGGCAUAUUUGUGAUCGUCCUUUAGCAACACUGAAGCCAUUUGUGGUCACUUACUAAUUCUUAGAGAUUUCAGGGGCCCUUCCUUGCCUACUGCAUCAUCUCUUCCAUUUCUGCAAUUCCUCUUUGCCAGGGAGCAGGGGACGGUGAUGUCAGCCUAGUGGGGGCACUGCCUUGCAGAGGACACACAGAGGUGGCCCUGCAGAGCCAGGGCCUGGUGGCAGGAGUGCGUGCUAGGAGGAGGGGACAGCCUGCCCAAGAAGCAAGCUGCUUACGGGGAGGGGCAAGCAUGAGAGCAGGGCCCAGGUGUGACUCCACUGAGUCCUGCUCAGAAGCCUCCACGGCUCUCCAUUGACCAUAGAACAAAGUCCAGACUCAGCAAGACUUAAGCCCUGGCUUCCCUCCUCUCCACGUGGCCAUUCCAUGCCACACCAUUACCUGCUCGUCCCUGGACAUCGUGGGCACUUCCCAAGCCUGUGCCCCCAAUCCCAUGAUCUUCCCUCAGUCACUUCUCAACUUGCAAGUUUGAACUAAAGUGCCACCUCCUCCAGGAGGCCUUCCCUGCCACACCACCUCUCCCAUCACCACUCCCAUGGCUCUUGGAAAACUUAUCAGUGAAAGAGAUUUUCACAUACUGAGGUACAUGGGGUAACUUCUGGUUCCAAAUGGAUUUGGCCUGAAGAGAAGCCUGAUUUAUGGCCCGUCAGACAUCGCGCCUCCGCUUUACUCUGAGGUGAGACCCACACCUCCCCUCCCGCCCUAUCGGUGCUGCCCAAAUUACUCCCUUUCCCAGCAUCAGGGUCAUGUGGACCUGCCAAUUUGGAACCGAAUACCGCUUUGAAACUUUGAGGAAUGUGUAUCCCGGGCAUGUUUAAUGUAUGUUCUUUGUUCUAAAAAGGUAUGAGUGUGCUGAAACCACGCUUCUCCAGAAUGCUUCCUUCCUUUGUGGAAACUGUCUCCCCAGGUUAUAACCCUCAAUUUGGCUCAAGUAAAACUCACCUCUCUAUCUA